CUCACUCCCCACUCUCCUCCUCCACUCUGUAGUUUGUAGUAGAGGAGCGAGCAGCAGCGUUUCAUCGCAUCAUACUUAUCUCCCGCCGAUUAUGAUUCAGAGCCCAAAGACAAGCUUGUUUCUGUAACUGGGUUCAUAUGCUUUGACAAGGGAGAGCAUAAGGAAGUGCAUUAAAAUGGAAGGCAGGCAAGAUCCUAGUAUUUCAUUACAAGUGGAGAAAGAGCUGAUUCAGGAGCCAAGCUAUGCUGAAGCUGAAACUUUUGAAGUGCCAAAUGAUCCCUUGGAUGCAUAUGGUGGUUAUCUUUUAGGUGUAGUUCAAGAAGCUGAAUGCUGGAGCAAUAUACUUCAGAUGACGAAUCCUGAGUUUCAUGGACUCCCCAGCCGCAUAGAUGAGGGUGAAAUGUCAGUUGAGGGGAACUGUCACAAAUUCCCUACUUCAUUCACUUCGGGACAUAUUGACUAUUUGGAAGAUGUAACAAGCUUCUUCCCAGGAAGCAUAUCUUCUAAUAAGAAAGAUGAAGACAUGAUUUUCACUCCUGCUCUAACAUCAAGUGGAUUGGUCUGCAUGUCUACAAUCAAGCAAAGUGAAGAGUUUAAUCUAGGAGGGCAGAAUGGGGGCCAUGGAACUAUGUAUCUUGGGGAUUCACCAAAAAUGAACUCUUCCCAGACAAAUACCAUCGACUCUUCUCAUACACAAAGGAGAGUGCGCAAACCUACUCGCAGGUAUAUUGACGAAUCAUCAGAUCUUAACACAAGAUAUGUCAAGAAAAGGAAAGAGGGUUCUGCUUCUGCAUCAAAGAAUAAGUGUCAAAGUGUCAAAUGUAAUAAGAAACCCAAACCUGAAUCUGAAGCAAUAGAGUCUCUUUCUGAGGACUUUACUUUCAAUGCUAUUCAAGUGCCAUUUGGCCCUCUAGUACCUGAAGAAUGUGAUAAGAAGGUUGCAUCUGAUGUGGUGAAAGUGAAGUCAAUAGAGAUUUCACGUCUUGGCCUCAAAGAGUGUGAUAGGAAGCAUGCAUCUAAUGUGAAGAAGGUAAAGUUGAACCAGUUAUCAUCUGUUGACCCUAAAUUGUGUCAUAAGAAGCAUUCACCCAAUGUAAAGAAGGUAAAGAUGAACUAUGUAUCAUCUUUUGGCUCUGAAAUAUCUGAUAAGAAGCAGGCAUCCCUUGUGAAGAUGGUAAAGUCAAACCACAUAUCUUUUGAUUCUGAGGAAUGUUGUAAGAGGCAUGCACCCAAUGUUAGUAAGGAUUCUUUUGAAGAAAUGGCACUGGGUGUGAUAGAAGAUGAUAGUGCCGCAAUCACUAGAUCUGAUGGGAAUUGUGCUCGGAGAAAGCACCACAGGCUAUGGACUAUUUCAGAGGUCAGAAAGUUAGUUGAUGGGGUUUCACAAUGUGGAGUUGGAAAGUGGAGUCAAAUAAAGAGGAUUUUCUUCUCGUCAUCUGACUAUCGGACACCAGUAGAUCUAAAGGACAAGUGGAGAAAUCUUUUAAAAGCAAGCCGUCUUCAGAAUCAAAGCAAGAAAGGGGAUAAGGGAAAGCAAACCUUUUCUUGGCGUCCCUUGCCGAAGUCCAUCUUGAACCAGGUUUGUGAACUGGCCAAUGUUCAUCCAUACCCAAGAAACUGCAAAUCCAAGACUUAAUGCCCUGCCCAUAAAUCCUCCACUUCCAUUCUCCCAAAUAAAGCUACCAAGGAUCCACAGAAAGAUUGGUAGUCAAGGUUGAUUGUCUCUUGGCUGGUUGAUAGUUGUUUGCCAUUCUCUGAUAGUCCUUUUCUACAAGUCUCUUUGGCUCUUUUAACCCUCUGUUUUCUCACCUAUCUGAUCUUCAUUUAUUUUGAGUUGUGUGCAUAAUUUGUCAAAUUUCAACUGACUAUAGCUUGCAUGUAAUGCAUUAGGCAUUCUUCUGCUUCUAAUUAUUUGUCUUUGGUA